AUGGUAACAGAAGAAAUUGUGUUGAGACACAAAAUUUAUCGUCAAGGCAUUGGGAUUGAUAAAGCCAAGGUGGAAGUAAUUGAGAAUCUGCCUCCACCCAUUACUGUGAAGGGCAUAAGAAGUUUCCAAGGGCAUGCAGGAUUAUACAUGCGUUUCAUCAAGGAUUUUUCGAAGAUUUCAAAGCCUUUAUGUCUUCUACUACAGCAAAAUCAGUCGCUCGCGUUCAAUGAGGAAUGUCACAGUGCACUCACGGACCUGAAGAGAAAACUUGCUUUGACACCAAUUAUUUUUCCACCUGACUGGGAUGCCUCAUUCGAGUUGAUGUUCGAUGGAAGUGACUACGUUGUAGGGGAAAUGCUAGGGCAAAGAAAAGGAACUAAGGUCAUUGUACAUACUGAUCACUCUGUCAUUAAGUACCUGUAA